GAGACUACUAGUACAGAGCACAGACCUGGCAACCCAAACCACCGAUCAGUUUGUUAAUAAGGGCAUAAUAUAUAAUAUAAUAAUACAAAACGCCUGUCAUCGUCCCCAACCGCGGUAGGCGUGUUCGCCGCCGGCCCGCCCGCCGCCACCUUGACCUUGCCGUCCGGCCGGCGCUCGCCAACGCAGAAGUCAAUGAGAUAUUAAAACUUGGAAUAAUAAACCCGGAUAGGAAAUUAAGUAAGAAAACGAGGCUAAUCAAACACUCGGAAGCCGUGGACCACGACCGGUCAAACCACUCGCCACCGUCCCGGUGUCCUUUCUCAAACUCUCCCCUCGUCUCAUAUCCGUCCGAGCUCCGAGCUCCCCCCAUUCCGUUCCACCGCUUGUUCUUGACUUCUUGUUCUGUUCAAGCUCACCUCCCUCGCCGAACUCCGAAAUCCAGACACUCCGUCCCCAAUCCGUAAUGCCUCCGCUCGUCCUGCUGCUGCUCGCUUCUUCCUUCCUCCUCCCGCCGCCGGCGGCCAGCGCUGCAGAGCCGUCAAGCUGCUGGCCGAAGGCAUGCGGGAACCUGAGCAUCACCUACCCGUUCUGGGUGGAUGAGCCCGGCCGGCCGCCGUGCGGGCCUCCGGCAUUCAAGCUCAAGUGCAACAGCAGCGGCGCGUUCCUGAGCAGCUCCAUCUACCAGGCGUAUCGGGUGGAGAGCAUCUUCCCCAAGAACCGAUCCUUACAUGUGGUGGACAUCAACCUGCCGCUCGCCAUCGGCUGCCCCGCGCCGACCUUCAACGUCUCGUUCAUCGCCCGGCCACUCUUCUUCAGCAAAGCCAACAGGGAGCUGCUCUUCCUCGGGAAGUGCACCGAGUCCCAGCCGGAGCCUCCGGCUGGGUUUCACAGCCUGCCCUGCGACAGCUCCUCCUUUGUCCGGCUCGCCGACGGCCGAAAUUUCUCGAGCAGCCACGUCCAGGGCGGCAUCCCGCCGAGCUGCUUCUUCGCUUUCGCGCCGGUUCUUGUGCCUCCCCGGUGGAAUGGCGACGGGUACCUCGCCAGCUUGAGGAAGGGGUUUCUCCUGGAGUGGACAGAGGUGCCCGGCAAUUGCUCGGAGUGCAUUGCGAGCGGCGGGGAAUGCGUGUACGGCGACGCCGUGCUGACCUUCGCCUGCAAUUGCUCCGGCAGCAUGCGAAAUGAGAAGUGCGGACGAAGCAGCAAAAGAAAAGCUAUAAUCGGAGGUGGCAUAGGAGGUGGUAUAUUAUUUGUAGCAUGCCUCUUCAUUUUUGUCUGGCACAAGCGGAAGAGGAGGAAACAAGCUAGAGCUCCCAAUGGCUUCACGUGUAGUGAAUCUUCGAUGCAAUCAUACAGCAAAGACCUUGAGUUGGGUGGCUCACCCCAUAUUUUCACUUAUGAGGAACUUGAAGAAGCUACUGAUGGAUUUAGUGACUCGAAAGAACUUGGUGAUGGUGGUUUUGGAACUGUUUACAAAGGAAAACUUCGGGAUGGAAGAGUAGUCGCAGUUAAGCGCCUUUACAAGAACAACUACAAACGGGUUGAGCAAUUCAUAAAUGAGGUAGACAUCUUGUCCCGCCUCCUCCACCAGAACCUAGUCAUCCUAUAUGGCUGCACAUCUCGUAGCAGCCGUGACCUCAUGCUCGUGUACGAGUACAUCCCUAAUGGGACCGUUGCAGACCAUCUUCAUGGACCCCGUGCAUCAGAACGGGGCCUCACAUGGCCCAUAAGGAUGAACGUUGCCAUAGAAACAGCUGAAGCACUUGCAUACCUCCAUGCAGUUGAAAUCAUACACCGUGAUGUUAAGACGAACAACAUACUGCUGGACAACAGCUUCCACGUCAAAGUUGCUGACUUUGGGUUGUCGCGUUUGUACCCUCUUGAAGUCACCCAUGUCUCAACAGUUCCACAGGGCACACCAGGCUAUGUCGACCCGGUGUACCACCAGUGCUACAAGCUAACUGAUAAAAGCGACGUGUACAGCUUCGGUGUGGUGUUGGUAGAACUCAUAUCCUCUAAACCAGCUGUUGACAUGAGCAGGAGCCACAGCGAGAUUAACUUAGCCAAUAUGGCUCUCAACAGAAUUCAGAACCACGAAGUUGAGCAACUGGUUGACCCUGAGCUCGGUUACGAGACUGAUAGCGAAACAAAGAGAAUGAUAGAUCUUGUUGCCGAGCUGGCUUUUCAGUGCUUGCAGCUAGAAAGGGAUUUGAGGCCGUCGAUCAAGGAGGUAGUGGAGGCCCUGAAUUGUAUCAAGAAUGGGGAUUCCCCAGAAAAAAAGGUGGAUAUAAAGUCAUCUCUUAAGGAAGAUGCACACUUGCUGAAGAAUAGCAUACAGUAUUCACCUGAUUCGGUAAUCCACAGAUUCCACAGUCAAUCGACUACCCACUCUGUAGCAUCAAAUGCUAGCGGAUGAGAUGAGAUUCCUUGUAUGUACUGAACCUGAAGAAAUAAAGCCCUUUCGGAUGUGUUGUAUAUAGUAUAGAGAUUGGCUAAUGAGCUGGUUCAUCUGGGUAAGUUUUUCCCCCUUUUUUUUGGUUGACUGACAAUGAACUAUAAGAUCAUGUUGUAUGGAAGGCUCGAAAAACUAUGAGCUUGCCACAAAUUCAAACAGUAGGCAUGUAGUAGAGAAGUAGUGUAAGGGUUUUCACGAAGCUGUGGUUUGCACUAGAUAUGUUCCCAUAUAUAAUAGCUUUCAUGUUGAUAAUACAAGGGUGAGUAAGAUGAUGAACUGAGGAACAUGCAACCAAAAAAAAAUCAAGCUGUACUUGCACAGCACCAA